GUUCUAUCUUAGUGCAGUGAAGGGAAAAAGCCAGUCUUCUCAAGAGUCCCACUUCUCCGCAGAGGCUCUGGCCACAUUCAGAAACCAGUUCCUGAGAGAUCUGUGCAGGACGGCCCAGCUUCUCAGAACUGUUCAUAGAUAGACCCUCAGCUCUGAGAGCGCGGCUGCCUUUCUCCUACCAAAGCCACCUCCAUUGGACAACAUCUGGUAGUAGGAAGAACUGAAGCGGAGUUUGGCAUCCAGGCAGCGUGGGACAGGGUCCAGAGACAGUGAAAGAUCCCCCUGAACGGUACCCAUCAGUCACUCCAAACACCAUCCAAUGAGAAAUACAAGAAGCACUUUGAAGAAAUCAUUGUUCCUAGACAUACCCUGAGCUCCGUUUCAGCCAAAAUCAUUGAGAGAGACUUGAAGAGAAAGGAUGGAUGAAGAGCAACAUCAAGAGAGUUCAAAAUCACCUCAAAAGAAACUGAAGACAGUUGAAUUCAAGAAAAAGAAACACGUCAGGUUUCUGUUACCUCGCAAAGCUGACAAGAAAAAGAAAUCCUCUUCCCCACAAGAUCCAGAUGAGGCGAUGUUCAGAUGUGAAUGCCACCCCUGCCAGAAGUGUGUGGGGAACACAUCUGGGGUCUCUGCGGGAACUGGGACAGAGGCAAUCUCUCAGUCAUCCUCCUGGGAAAUGCUAACACUAGACCUCAGUAACUUGACACUCAAUCCCCAUACCACCCAGCCCCAUCUUGUGCAAGACACCAUACCGAAAAGAGAGAACAAAACACAGUGGCAGCGGAAAAACAAAAGGAUGUUUUAACAUGUUUUCCACGAAUGGACAGAAUGACUCUGACACUGUCAUCCUAACAAGAAGGAAGAUCCAAACCUAUGGGAUCAUGAGCAUCAUCUUUUUGGGAGCAUGGUCAGGAGGAGCAAUGAUGUCCAACCUAGUAACAAUUGUACAGCCAGAUCGCGAUUCGAAUCUACCCACAAAUGUAGCCAUCCUUUAGUAGUUUUGGCAUC